AUGUUCAAGGAGGAACACGAGGUGUCUGUGCUGGGGGCUCCCCAGAACCCAGGGCCCAUAAUGUCCACCAUGGUCAAGGUCCAGACUGACACAGUGGUGCCUGACCACAUCGUCUGGUCCCUGUUCAACACCGUCUUCUUCAACACAUGCUGCCUGGGCUUCAUGGCGUUCGCCUACUCUGUGAAGUUUAGGGACCGGAAGAUGGUGGGAGACAUGAUUGGGGCCCAGAGCUAUGCGUCCACUGCCAAGUGCCUGAACAUCUGGGCCGUGGUCCUGGGCAUCGUUAUCACCAUCAGACUCACUGUUCUCCUGGUCCUUGUGCUCCCGGGAGUCAUUUAUGCCGUGAUGCAAAACAGAGGCUUCUAG